AUGACAGAAAUUCAAAACUAUUUGCUAGACAUAGAGGGAACGGUCUGUCCAAUUACUUUUGUGAAAGACGAGUUAUUUCCGUUUUUUCUUAAAGCACUCCCUUCUCUAUUGAGCAAAUACCAAUACCCACUCCAACACAACGACUCAGAUGCUGCUCUUCAAACUCUGUCGAAGUUUCCAGAAGACUUGACAGAAUCUUACGAUAAAAUUCUUGCCCAUCUCAAUGACUUGGUUGCAAGGGACAUCAAGGACCCUCUAUUGAAGCAACUGCAAGGAUUGGUCUGGCAGGCAGGAUAUGACAGUGGAGAGAUCAAGUGUCCUGUGUACGAAGAUGCCAUAAUUGCGAUCAACAGAUGGACUUCCGAAGGAAAGAAAGUGUUUAUCUAUUCAUCAGGAUCUGUCAAAGCGCAAAAACUUUUGUUUGGCCAUACUUUGGAGAACGGAAAAAGCGUUGAUCUGAACCCAUUAAUCUCUGGAUACUUCGACACUCUUAAUGCGGGUAUGAAGAAUGAGACAACCAGUUAUACAAAGAUCCUGGAAGAAACAGGACUUACGGCUGAAAACGUUCUCUUUCUGAGCGACAAUGUCAAUGAAGUGAGAGCGGCUUUCGAUUCUGGCAUGCACUCGAUAAUAGUGUGCAGACCUGGGAAUGCUGAGUUGAGCGAGGAUGAUAGGAAUAAAUUCAAGUCAAUUGAUGAUUUCAGCGGUUUGGUAUGA